CAUGAAUCAAAAUCGCUCCACUAUUGUUUGUAAUCGCUUUGAGGAAUUCAAGCGACUUAGUUUGCAGAAUGAUGCUACAUCCAGUGUGCCACAGGAAAGCAAUGUUGCUAUAUUACAGGUGGAAGAAACACAUGAGCAAGAAGCAGUGAGUCGGAGUCUAUCUGUGGAUCACAAUGAUAAGUUUUUAACAAGCUCCUUUUCUAAAAGUGUGGAGUAUGUCAGAGAACUGAUUAGGAACAUCAACAAAAAUAUAACAGAUAUUGAAUCUAUACAUACAUCUAUCCUGUCCAGCAUGACUUAUCAUUAUUCAGCUGAAAUCAAUCAAAAAUUAAAACAAAGAGUUCAACACACAAGCCAUCUUAAUAAAAAGGUUAGAGAAUGUUUGAAAGCUCUAGAGAUGGAACAAACCAAUACGCAUGAUUCACAAGCGCAGUUGCAAGCACUCAAGGAUAGUUUUAUUCAGUCUAUUCAAAGAUAUCAAGAUAUUACAAGAAAGUUUCAAAACAGACAAAAGAAACAGCUUGAAAUACAAUUUCUUAUCAUGAAGCCAGAUGCGACUAUCUAUGAAGUUGAACAAGCCAUUCUUUCUGAUGCAGUUCCUGGUUUGUUCUCUCGAUCUCUUUUAAACAGGUCUAAAGAUGCUAAUAAGGUUUUGGAGCAAGUCUAUAUGCGUCAUCAAGACAUCAAGAGAAUAGAGAAUACAAUCCAAGAACUUUAUCAUUUGUUUUUGGAUAUGCAAACCAUGGCUCAAACACAACAACCAUCAUCAUUACAUUCUGAAAAGGCACUGGAAGAACCUUCAAAUGACUUGGAAAAGGGUGAUAAACAUAUCUACGUUGCUGUACAAAGCAAAGAGACCUAUAGAAAGAAAAUAGCUUAUUUAUUGUGUAUAUCUACUAUUUUGUUGUUUCUUGUUGGUCUCUUGAUUUGGUGGUGGUGUUCUCUUAUUGUUAAUACAAAUAAUAAUUAAUCAAGUUCAGGUACAAUUAAUUUGGAACUAUACAAAUCAUAGUUCAAUUUGAUACAACACAAAUGAUGACAAACUUUUUUAUAGACUAGUUGACUACUGCUUUUUUUUUGUUAGACACACUUUACAAGCGUAUUGCUUAUACACUGAAUACAAACAAAACCGUACAAAC